GACCCCGGGAUGCCGGGCAUCUCCGCCCGAGGCCUCUCCCAUGAGGGGAGGAGGCAGCUAGCUGUUAACCUCACCCGUGUCCUGGCGCUCUACCGUCCCAUCCUGGAUGCCUACAUCAUCGUGAGGCCACAGGGACGUGGGCGGGGUGUCUCUGAUUGUGUGAUUGCCUGGGUGCCCACGUCAGGGAGAGAAUCUGGAGAGUUUGAUCUCUUUCUUUCUAUGAGUUUCAGUCUUUUGUCUAUAUGAGGUGUUCCCUCGUUUUUAUCAGCUGGCAUAAAUAAUAUUUGUAAUAUCUGCCUAGAUUGUUUUUGUAAUCUUCCUAGAUCCAAGGUAAUAAAACGCGUGGACGUUGGAGCCACGCUGCAGCUAUGUUGAACUCUUCUUGGAACGUGUGAGGGGAUCCAAGAAUACACGUUAUUCAUCCAAGCUUUGAAUACAUUCGUGGUUUUGUGGUGUAGUAAACAGUCUUGGCUCUGGAAUCAAAAAAGCUUGGUCUAGAAUCCAGCCUCCCCUUCGAUGUUAACCUUAGGCCUCCCCAACCGCCAACUUGUCCUAGCCCGGGUUUCCUCAGCUAUCAAACGGAUUCCAGUCUGAGGGAUCAUUGUGAAAAAUAAAUGAGAGAAUGUAUAAAUGGCACCACCCUCCGCUGAAUUGUUUAGACCACAAACCCAGAGGCCAUCCUUCAUUCAGCACUGUCCUUCAUUGAUCCACGACUCAGUCCUUCAACAAGUCUUCUUGGCUCUGCCUUCAGAAUAGUUCCCAAAUUCAUCCAUCUGUCCCCACCUCCAUUGCUGCCACCCUUGGCCAAGCCACCAUCACCUCUUUUCUGAACUACUUACUAACUGCCAGUUCUUCACUGAGCAGCUAGAUUGAUAGCAUUCAAAUUUAAAUCUCAUCAUGACAGUCCCUUGCUUCCUAGGAAUUUUUCACAGACAACCUAUGGGACACACUCCCCUGCUCGUGGCAGGAAGCAUUGGAUGGACUGAACCCACCACAGCUGGCCACACUGCUGCUGGGGAUGCCUGGAGAAGGGGAGGUCAUCAGACCCCCUCAGAGUUCCUGGAGAACCCCAGCCAGAGCUCUCGACUAACAGCUCCAUUCCGGAAACAUGUCAGGCCCAAGAAGCAGCAUGAGAUCCGGAGGCUGGGAGAGUUGGUGAAGAAGCUGAGUGACUUCACAGGCUGCACCCAGGUUGUAGAUGUGGGCUCAGGCCAGGGUCAUCUCUCCCGCUUCAUGGCUCUUGGCCUGGGGUUGAUGGUGAAGAGCAUCGAAGGGGAUCAGAGACUGGUGGAGAGAGCCCAGCGCCUGGACCAGGAGCUUCUGCAGGCUCUGGAAAAAGAGGAGAGGAGGAACCCGCAGGUGGUCCAAACCAGCCCUCGUCACUCCCCACAUCAUGUGGUUAGGUGGGUAGAUCCCACAGCCCUGUGUGAGGAGCUUCUGCUUCCACUGGAGAACCCAUGUCAGGGCAGGGCCCGCUUGCUGCUCACAGGCCUCCAUGCCUGUGGGGAUCUGAGUGUUGCCUUGCUGAGGCACUUUUCCUGCUGUCCUGAGGUGAUGGCCCUGGCCUCAGUGGGCUGCUGCUACAUGAAGCUGAGUGACCCUGGUGGCUACCCACUGAGUCAGUGGGUGGCUGGGCUGCCUGGCUAUGAACUGCCCUACAGGCUUCGGGAGGGGGCCUGCCAUGCCCUGGAGGAAUAUGCUGAGCGACUCCAGAAAGCUGUCCCUGGCCUCCGAACUCACUGCUACCGUGCAGCACUGGAGACAGUCAUCCGACGGGCCCGGCCUGAGCUCCGUCGGCCAGGCGUGCAGGGGAUCCCCAGGGUCCACGAGCUCAAGAUUGAAGAGUGAGUGCAGCAGGGGAC